GCAACGGCCCUGGCAACGGCUGGGCUCCUCCCUCCAGUGUGACUUCGGAAAGUGUUCCGCCACCGCGGUGCUUCGAGCCGGUGUGCCGGGGGCUCGGGGCGGAGCGGAAGACGCGUGGAGCAGUGAGAGGACGCCUGGCCGUGCAGAUGAUGUUCAACACUGGCUAUAAUGAGGAAAUGUCUGUCAGUCCAUCCACAUUUCACAAAGAAAUGGAGGAAAAUAAUUCAAAAUCCAUGGAAAUCCAGGAGUCACAAACUACUUCCAUAGUUUCAGAAGAUCCUCUUCAAAACUUAUGCUUAGCAUCUCAAGAAGUUCUUCAGAAAGCUCAGCAGAGUGGGAGAUCGAAAUGUCUGAAGUGUGGUGGCUCAAGAAUGUUCUACUGCUAUACAUGCUAUGUCCCAGUUGAAAAUGUACCGGUUGAACAGAUGCCGCUCGUGAAGCUUCCAUUAAAGAUUGAUAUCAUUAAACACCCAAAUGAAACUGAUGGCAAAAGCACUGCUGUACAUGCAAAACUCUUGGCACCCGAAUUUGUAAAUAUUUACACAUAUCCUUGUUUUCCAGGAUAUGAAGAAGAGAACCACGAAGUUGCACUUGUUUUCCCUGGACCAAAGUCUGUCUCAGUAAAAGAUGUUGCUUUUCAUCUACAAAAAAGGGUCCAAAGUAAUUUUAGAGGCAAAAACGAUGACCCUGACAAGCCAUCUGUUAAGCGCAAAAAAACAGAACAGGAUGUGAGUGAUAGCAAGUGCAAAGACACAACACUGAAGAAAAUUAUAUUUAUAGACAGUACUUGGAAUCAAACAAACAAAAUAUUUACUGAUGAGAGACUUCAAGGUCUAUUACAAGUUGAAUUGAAAACAAGGAAAACUUGUUUUUGGCGUCAUCAAAAAGGAAAGCCAGAUACCUUUCUUUCCACAAUUGAAGCCAUUUACUACUUUCUGGUAGACUACCAUACUGAUAUCUUAAAAGAGAAAUACAAAGGACAAUAUGACAAUCUUUUAUUUUUCUACUCUUUUAUGCACCGGUUAAUAAAGGACGCUAAAAACUCUGAAGACAGGGAAGGAAGAAAACUUAUCCACUAGCUUUUAAGAUACUACUUACAUCUUUUUAUUUUGCUAAAAUAAACAAAUUUAUCAUUGUGCUUUAUUCUUGGAAAAUAUCUAUGUAUGUCACUAAGACCACUUGAUAAAUUCAGUUUUAUUCAUUUUA